GCAAUUAAAUUUAUGUUGUAAUUUAAAAUGAUAAAAUGUGUCAAGGUUAUCAUCAGUGUUAAAAGUAUGUAUCAUCAGUGUUUAAAUACGGGCAAAACAAAACAGUGGUCUGACUUCAAUCUAACAACUGACGAUUUCUUUGGUAUGAAUAUUUGCUCUACGAUUGAAAUGUAAUGUCGUUUCAUAGUAUUUCAAAAAUGUGCCGGUUUGUAUUGUUUACGCCCCCCCCCCAUUCACAUUACGAGCAGCAAAAAGUAAGAUUAUGUUAUGAAAAAUAUCUCAAUGAGUGUAAUUAUCAUGUUAACUUCUAUUGUUCAAAGAAAUAAGUGGAACGCUUUUCUAAAAUUAACUUCUGUUCUGAAAAUUUGAUUAUUUUGUCCUUAGUUUGUGCUUUAUUUGCAAAAUAGAAAUGCGGCUGCUAAAGGUUAUAGGGUUACUAAUUUAUUUUGAGUUUAGUCAAUGUGACCGUCGAUGGGAUGUUUUCUCCACAAAAACUCUUUACGAGUGGGCAAAUGAUGUUCAAAUGCCAGUUCGGAACAAACACAAUGAAUUAAAUGUUGAUGGCACUUUGUGCAAAGCGAUACACGUGAAUAUGGUUGUAAGACACGGAGCUCGAAACCCUACCUUGAAAAAUAUGAAAUACAUUAAGGCUCUGCACGAAAAGAUAGUAAAGGCAAAAGAUCCAACAGCGUUUCCAGAACUAGACAAUUGGAAAUUUCGGUAUGAUACAGAUAGAGAAGGGGAGCUUGUCAGCAAAGGGAUAACUGAACAGAAUGACUUAGGAGCUAGAACGGGUGCCAGGUUCCAUCAUUUGUUUGACAAAAAUGGGAAAUAUGUUAAGUUUGUGUCCUCAAGAAAAUCACGAACGAAAGAUAGUGCAAGACAUUUUCACGGCGGACUGUCGGAAUAUAUGACAAACAAAAUACCAAGUUUUGAUAACGAGGUCAACAAUGCAACAAUGAGGUUUUAUGACGGAUGUUAUAACUAUGAACAUCAAGUAGAGGACAAUGUUACUCAGUUUGAACAAUUUCAUAAGUUUUCAAAAACGCCACAGUUCAUAAACAUAGCAAAAUCAUUAAAAAGUAAACUAAAGGCUCCAUUUUCCUUUACUGAAGAUGACGUCUACCAGAUUUACGAGUUAUGUGCUUAUGAAAGCUACAUAUUCAAUGACAACAUGACGUGGUGUAAGCUGCUUACAGAUGAAGAUAGAAUAUUACUUGAGUAUGGACAAGAUAUUGAGAAAUACUACAAAUUGUCCUACGGGCAUCCAAUAAACUCACAAAUGGCGUGUCCACUUGUUAAAGAUAUGUUCGAUACAAUGGACAAAGCAAUGAAUAGCAGCUGGGAUUAUGAAAAUCUUGGAGAUAUGAACAAUACUGAUUAUCUAGCAGCGAAGUUUCAGUUUGGGCACUCAGAAACAAUAGUCCCCCUUAUGACGGCACUUGGUCUGUACAAGGACAACACGCCACUUCUUGCCACCAACUUUAACACUAUGUCGGGACGAAAAUUUCGGACAAGCAAUAUAGACCCGUAUACUUCAAAUUUAGCAUUUGUUAUUUACGCAUGUGACAAUGUGAUGCAAACUUAUGCAACUGAGAGAGGGAGUAGAGAAUUUGUGGUGAAGUUGUUUGUAAAUGCAAAAGAGGUGAAUAUUCCUUCAUGUGGCGAUUUGCCGUGCUAUUACGGUGUAGUCAAGCGGAAAUACAAUGAUUACAUUAAUAAAUGUAAUAUAAAAGAAAUUUGUGGAAUUAGACCAGACGAUAACGUGGACUCACAAGGAAACAUAGCCAGUACACUUUCUGUAUAUAGCAUUACAGGACAGCUACUGACAAUACUUUUGUUUCUGUUACCAUUUAUCUGA